AUGUCAAGUGACGGGUGGUUAGCCAAGAGCAAGAAAGGUGAAUUUCAUUUCCAUUGUAUUGCUUGUGGAUUUGACGGAGUUGCGGGGAAGUCGGAAAUAAAAAAGCACGCAGCCGGACUUAAACAUAACCGUGUUGUAGAUGGAUGUCAACAAUCCUUGAUAAGCCUACCAUCAGUUUCAAAACGCGCACAACUUGUUAAAUCGGUUAAACUCGGUGAACUACAUAUGGCUGCAUUUAUAGCAGAACACAAUUUGCCAUUCACAGUUAUGAAUCAUUUGCCGAAAUACGCGAUGCAACCUCAGAAUCGUUAUAUAAUCAUACUGUAG